GCCCUAAGCAGCCGCUAAGCAGCAGUCAUGCCUUUCGUCUGGUCUUCAUCGAGUGACGGAUUGAGUGUAGGCUACUACUGCUCUGCAAUUGACUAGGAAUACUUCAAACUUCGCGUUAUCCUGGCUCGCUUGGUCUUCAUCGAUUGAGUCUACUACUCUGCAAUUGACUAGUAGUACUUAAAACUUCUUAGUUAUCCUGGCUAUAUAUACUUCGAGUUAUCCUGGCUCGCUUUAAAAAAAUUCACUGCAGCGACUAUCCCGGAAAUAACUCAGCAAGGCAAAUAUAUUUCUAUUACACCUAUACUGUGUUGGGUAUGGCUACUUCCUUGGAUUCCAUUCGUAUGCAAUCCUCCGACCUUAUUAAAAAAGAGCACCUGGACUACGGCGGCUUCGGACAAGUUCACCUAUGCUAUCACAAAACUUUGGGCCAGGUGGUACUGAAGACGGUGUACACAGGACCACCGCGCAAUGAAGCAAAAUUCAGUAAGAAGUGUUUGCUGGAAGAGGGAAGCCUGAUGACCAAACUGAACCACGAGCGUGUGGUCAAGCUGCUCGGAGUGAUCCUGGAUGAUGGGGAUUACUCCCUGGUGCUGGAGCUCAUCCCCAAGGGGAACUUGCAGGCCAUGUUGGACCAGGUUCAAGUUCCCAUGUCCAUUAAGGGCCGCAUCAUUCUGGAGAUCCUGGAGGGCAUGGAGUAUUUGUCAAGGAACCACGUCAUACACAAGGAUUUGAAACCUGAGAACAUAUUGGUGGACAGAGACUUUCACAUUAAGAUUGCAGACCUGGGCUUGGCCACUUGCCAGACUUGGAGCAGGUUGACCAAGGAGGAGUCUCGCCGGCAGAGCCGCACCAAGCCCUCAGCUGGAGUCAGGGCCGCCGGCACCCUGUGCUACAUGGCCCCCGAGCACCUGGAGAGCGUGCACACGCCGUCCACCGAGAGGUCGGACGUGUACAGCUUCAGCAUCGUCAUCUGGGUCAUCCUCACCCGCCAGGAGCCCUACGAGAAUGCCAGGAGUGAGGACCAGAUCUGCCAGUGCGUCCGGCGGGGUGACCGCCCCGACGAGGGUUUCAUUCCACCCGACACCCUCCCCGAGAUGACAGAUCUGAUGAGGAGAGGCUGGAGUCAGGAUCCACGGGACAGGCCGACGUUUAAAGAGGGAUACACAUCCUUCCUACCAGUCUACCGAGAGAAGCUGGAGCCUGAUGUAGAAAUAGAUUCUUUGGCUCUAAGGGAGUCGUACGAAGGGCCUGAGGAUCUCCUUGAGAUGAUGAAGUCCUUCUCGUUGCCUCCAGACAGUGUGACGGCAGCAGACCUGCCGGGCCGCUUGAUGAGCUCAGACGUCAGGUCCCCAGUGGAGGCCAGCAUCGAGGACCUCAAAGAGUUCUCCCUCCAGACCGACGCCAGGACCCCCAGCCUCACCAGCCCUCCCUUCAGCCCUGGCCAGGUGGGAGAAUGGCCCCAGAAGAGGGCCAACUGGGGAACAGACCAGCCGGACUCCAGCCCGCUGUCUCCCGCCGGCUACGCCCCAGCCACGCCCCCUCAGAGGCUGAUGUCCCAGGAGCACCCAGAUCGGGGCUGGCAUUGUCCAGGCUCCACUGUCCAUUCGUGGGGCAAAGCCGAGCCUGUCCAGCCCAACAGCCAGGAGGAGCCAUCCCCUCACCCUGUCUUUCCUUCCUCCAGACUCUACAGCAGUCUACUGUCCAAUCCCACCCCAGAGCCCUUCAGCAACCCCUGCCAGUACAACUCACAGCAUUCCUGGCCCCUUGAGAACCAGAACUCCGGCAAGAGUGCACCCUUACUCGAUACAGGAAGCAUGUACAUCAACAACGCCAGUUGUAUCCAGAUUGGCAACAACAACAGUCUAAAGACCCACAGUCCUGCAAGCUUACAGUCCAACGGCAGUACCACCUUGUUUCUCAAAGAAGCCAUUCAGAAGUACGAGGACCACGCAGUGACGGAGAAGCACCUGGACCUGCUGAGAGACCACAUCGGGGCCAAGUGGAAGCAGUGCGCCCGGCGCCUGGGCCUGAGCGACGUGGAGCUGGAGGAAAUUGACCACGACUACGACCGCGACGGCCUGUCGGAGAAGGUGCACCAGAUGCUGGUCCGCUGGUCGAUGAAGGAGGGCAGCGUGGGCUGCACGCUGGGACGCCUCUGCAAGGCCCUGGACAACAUCGUCAAGGUGGAUCUGCUGCAGAGGCUGGUGGACGUGUGCACCAGCGAGCCCUAGAUAGGAGAGGGAGGCUGGUCCAGGCCAGCGGAUAGCCCAGGUAAGGGGCUAGCCGGGGUCUGAGAACUCCCUCUGUGAUCUUUUGACUGCCUUCUCGUUGUCGUGUUUUGCUCUUCGACAAUGUUGGGAAAAAUAUAGUAUACCGUAUGUAUGUGGCUCCAGCAGGUUAAUGAAAUUAUCAAAACUUUAUUAUCUUACUUUUUCCAUGUCUGACCAUUUUACAUUACAGUGAGCCUAACCGGGAAAGGUGCUGAAAACAGGGCUUUAUCAAAAAUAAUAAUUUCCCUCACUGAUAGGUAUUCGUCCUGUGCUUCUAUGUUGUCUUUGGACAGGAAAUCGCCCAGAGACUAUGUUAUACAUGGAACAGACUGGAGUUAUGCUUAUUGUGCAAACAAUGACAAUGUUUGAUUGUCUUUUGAGAAUUCCAAAUCUUGUUGAUGUUGUUUGACCUUGUGGAGGGAAAGUGGAUUCUACAAUUUCCACGUUAUCCUCUCUUAGGGAGCAGAUGGCUGAGCGGUGAGGGAGUCGGGCUAGUAAUCAGAAGGUUGCCGGAUCGAUUCCCCGCCGCGCCACAUGAUGUUGUGUCCUUGGGCAAGGCACUUCACCCUACUUGCCUCGGGGAAUGUCCCUGUACUUACUGUAAGUCGCUCUGGAUAAGAGCGUCUGCCAAAUGACUAAAUGUAAAUGUUACAGGUGGCAUCAAUGGUGUUUCAUAGAAUUGGCACAAAAUGCGGUAUAUCCGGCUUAGUGUAAUAAGUCAACAAAAAAAGGUGAACAAUAUAUUGUUGCUGUGUCCUUAUUUCUCCUUUGGGGGGCAGCAAAUGUCUAUGUUUUUUUGCUGUCAUUUUCAUUCUAUUAUCAGAAGUUUUCUAUUGGACUUAGUUUCAUCAAAGAGCUCCAGAUAGUUUUCCCUGUAGCUUCAAAAUUGAAAUAGUUUCUUCCAUGCAUGAUAUUUGUUCCAGUGUAUAGAACAAAAGAAACACAAAUGUGUAAGAAUUUAGAAGCAAUUGCCUGUUUGACAGAUAAAGUAUCCUAUUAAUGGGCCUCUAUCAUUGAAACCACUGUCUCGAGGCCAAACAUAAUUAAUUGUCACAGUGUGGAAGUGAUGAAUCCUAGCACUUAGACACAUGCACCGUUAUCUCAUUGGCUUCCUAUGCAUACUAUAACAAUGUUAUGAAUUUGACAUGAUUGGAUGUUUAUUUGCAUGUUCUUUGUGUGUGUGUGUGUGCGCGCGUGUGUGUGUGUGUGCAGUAUGUAAAAUGAGAGAAGGGCUCAGAAGCUUUUGACUACAGGCAUUUUUUAUUAAAGUUGUCAGAUAAAUAA